AUGAUAUCACCACCCGUCUUUCCUACGGCGUUCUUGUUCUCUGGACUGGCUAUGGCUCACCCAGUGGCUUCACCUUGCCGGGCAUUAUCAGAGCAGUCGUUUGCUCAGUUCCGGCGCCAUCCGAACAGGCUUAUGGCUGAGCUGAAAAAGCGUCUUUUUGACGAUGCUGUUCAUCUAGUGUCCUUGAGAAAGAGAGGUGUCGAUAAAGCUGUGGUGGGCGCUGCUGUUGGAGGCGUGCUCGGAGGCCUUUUCCUAAUCGCCCUGGUCAUUGUUCUCUUGUGGUUCCUCCGUCGCCGUCGCAGCCAGCGCAGCCAGCGCAAUACUCAGGAUGGCGAGUCAGAAACUCCACCAGAGGCCAUCACCGUUAGAACACCCUUCAUGGCGGAUCAUCCCGACUUAUCACACGGCGCACACGGUGAAACGUCUGAAAAAUCACGCGAGGCGACCACCCAAGCAUCGACCGACGACGCUGCUCGAGGACAAGGCGGACUACACACGAAAUCAUCACCCGAAAUCGAUCCUCGAUCACUACAGGAGUCACUGCAAGGCAUCCCGACCGAAUACACAACAGGGUUGGGGCUUUAUCAGAAAGAUCAGGAAGAACCUCUCCGUGUGGAAUUGGAGGGGUCCAGUGAGUUCAGAGACCAAGUUGGCUCAUUACGCCCCCCGUCGAGAAUCAAGACGGGGCAGCGGGAGUUCAUCGCGGGAUUCAAAAGGACGAUGAGCUUCCGGCGAGCGUGA